AUGAAGGCCGUGCCCCUACCCUUUCAGGAAUUUAGAGGGAACGGGGUGUUAGAUUUUGCUUCUGGUGCUGUUGCUGUUUCAGAUUCGUUUUUACUUCCACAGCAAGAGCAAUUUCUGCAAAGGUGGAACCCCCACAGGGAAAACUAUUGCUAUGUGGGCAUUGAGCCCACUUCUGGUUUGGACCUCAAAAGGAAAACAAGCCCUCCCACAUCUUCCUCUACACUGUCUUCCUCACGCGGCAGCAGCGGCGGCGGUGGAGGCUGCGGCUCGACCGAUAGCACCACCGGCGCUGGGGCAGCGAAGGUCACGGCUGAGAAGGAGAAUAACCCACCUCAAGCAGGGUUAGAGGUUGGACAGGGGAGAUGUGGGCUGGGAAUGGAGGACUGGGAGAGUGUGUUGUCUGAGUCAUCAGGUCAAGAUAAUUCCAUUUUGAAAUUGAUUAUGGGGGGCAUUGAGGACCCAUCUGUGGGAAUGACCAAGCUUUUGCAGGGUGGAAGUGUCUCUCAGGAUGUUGAAUUUAAUGGGGUUGGAGUGGGUUUUAGUUUGGUGGAUCACAGUUCUGUGCUUGACCCCAUUCCCAGUGUCAACUAUGUAACCAGCAUUGACCCUUCUGGUCCUGGGAAUUGUUCUGAUUUCUCUUUCAAUUCCCACAGUAAUGUUAGCUCCAACAUUUCCAGAGUUGGUUCUGGUGUGAAUCCAAACCCUGGGUUCCCUGAUUCGGCUAGCAAUCUCUUACCAGUUACACUCCCACAAGUUGUUUUUCAGCCACAACAGCAGCAUCAACCAAUAGAGCCUCUGGAUGAGAAGCUGCAAGUUCUCAAUCCCCAGUUCGUUUUGAACCAGAAUCAAUCUCAGUUCAUGCCAAACCCAGGUUCGGUUUUGCCUUUGACUUAUGCACAGCUGCAAGAACAACAUCAGCUUCUCCCUCAGCCUCCGGCCAAACGCCUGAAUUGUGGCCCAAAUUAUCAGGUUCCAAAGGCACCCUUUCUGGACUCUGGCCAAGAGCUGUUACUCCGGAGGCAGCAACAGCAGCUUCAACUGCUCCCUCACCAUUUGCUGCAGAGGCCAUCCAUGGUGGUGGCGCCGAAGCAGAAAAUGGUGAGCCCCAGUGGCGAAGACUUGGCAACCCACCAGCUUCAGCAGGCUAUAACUGAACAGCUUUUCAAAGCUGCAGAGCUGAUCGAUGCCGGUAAUCUGGAACUCGCGCACGGGAUAUUGGCGCGGCUCAAUCACCAACUUUCUCCCUUUGCGAAGCCUUUUCAGAGGGCUGCUUUUUAUUUCAAAGAGGCCUUGCAAUUAGUACUUCAUUCAAAUGCCAACAAUAGUUCUAUGACCUUCUCACCCACUGGCCUUCUGCUCAAGAUUGGUGCUUACAAAUCAUUCUCAGAAAUAUCACCAGUUCUGCAGUUCGCCAAUUUCACUUGUAACCAAGCACUGCUUGAAGCUGUGGAAGGGUUUGAUCGCAUUCACAUAAUUGAUUUUGAUAUUGGGUUUGGUGGGCAGUGGUCUUCUUUCAUGCAAGAGUUAGCUCUGAGGAAUGGAGGUGCACCUGAACUCAGGAUCACAGCAUUUGGGUCACCCUCCCCCUCCCACCAUGAUCAAAUUGAGCUCAGUUUCACUCGGGAGAAUUUGAACCAAUAUGCUGGCGAGAUUAACAUGUCCUUUGAGCUUGAGAGUUUGAGCCUUGAGUCUUUAAAUUCUGCUUCCUGGCCCCAGCCACUUCGUGACUGUGAAGCUGUGGUGGUUAACAUGCCUAUUGGCUCAUUCUCAAACUACCCAUCAUAUUUUCCUUUGGCCCUUCGCUUUGUGAAGCAGCUCAUGCCAAAAAUUGUGGUUACAUUGGAUAGAAGUUGUGAUCGAACUGAUACCCCAUUUCCUCAGCAUUUGAUUUUUGCACUUCAAUCUUAUUCGGGGCUGCUUGAAUCACUUGAUGCCGUUAAUGUUCACCCAGAUGUCCUUCAGAUGAUUGAGAAGUAUUAUCUUCAGCCAGCAAUGGAGAAGCUUGUUUUGGGCCGACAUGGUUUGCAGGAAAGAACACUUUCUUGGAAAAACCUUCUCUUGUCAUCUGGGUUUUCACCAUUGACCUUUAGUAACUUCACAGAAUCUCAAGCAGAGUGUUUGGUGCAGAGGACUCCGGGUAAGGGAUUCCAUGUUGAGAAAAGACAGUCUUCCCUUGUUCUCUGCUGGCAAAGGAAGGAUCUCAUCUCAGUUUCAACCUGGAGAUGCUGA